AUGAACGAAUCCAGGUGGACUGAAUGGAGGAUCCUGAACAUGAGCAGUGGCACUGUCAAUGUGUCAGAACGCCACUCCUGCCCACUUGGAUUUGGCCACUACAGUGCAGUGGAUGUCUGCAUCUUUGAGACAAUAGUUAUUGUCUUGCUGACAUUUCUAAUCAUUGCUGGGAAUUUAACAGUCAUCUUUGUCUUUCAUUGUGCUCCACUCUUACAUCAUUAUACUACUAGCUAUUUUAUUCAGACGAUGGCAUAUGCUGAUCUCUUCGUUGGAGUUAGCUGCUUGGUUCCUACUCUCUCACUUCUCCACUACUCCACAGGUGUCCAUGAGUCAUUGACUUGCCAGAUUUUUGGAUAUAUCAUCUCAGUUUUAAAAAGUGUUUCUAUGGCAUGUCUUGCUUGCAUCAGUGUGGAUCGCUAUCUUGCAAUAACCAAGCCUCUUUCCUACAAUCAAUUGGUCACUCCUUGUCGCCUGAGAAUUUGCAUCAUUUUGAUCUGGAUCUACUCGUGCUUAAUUUUCUUGCCUUCUUUUUUUGGCUGGGGGAAACCUGGUUACCACGGUGACAUUUUUGAAUGGUGUGCCACCUCUUGGCUCACCAGUGCCUAUUUUACCGGCUUUAUUGUUUGUUUACUUUAUGCUCCUGCUGCCUUUAUUGUCUGCUUCACUUACUUUCACAUUUUCAAAAUUUGCCGGCAGCACACCAGAGAGAUAAAUGACCGAAGGGCCCGAUUCCCUAGCCACGAGGUAGAUGCUUCUAGAGAGACUGGACACAGCCCUGAUCGUCGCUAUGCCAUGGUUUUGUUUAGGAUAACCAGUGUAUUUUACAUGCUGUGGCUCCCCUAUAUCAUUUACUUUCUUCUAGAAAGCUCCCGUGUCUUGGACAAUCCGACACUGUCCUUCUUAACAACCUGGCUUGCUAUAAGUAAUAGUUUUUGUAACUGUGUCAUAUACAGCCUGUCCAACAGUGUUUUCCGGCUAGGCCUCCGAAGACUGUCAGAGACAAUGUGCACAUCAUGUAUGUGUGUGAAAGAUCAGGAAGCACGAGACCCCAAACCUAGGAAACAGGCUAAUUCCUGCUCCAUUUGAAGAGAACUACACAGUAAAUCAAAUAUAACCUAACAGUGGUUUUG